AAAUUGAUAACAAACUACUUUUUUCUUUUGUUAAUUGUAUUAUGGGGAUUCUAAAGUGCCUUUAGUUGUCGUCGCGGGAGUUAAAGGAUAUCAGCAGUGAGGGUCUAAUUCCAGAAAAAAAGAAUGAGAUGCGAAAUGAACUAUUUUCCCAACAUGGGAAUGGAAUGGAAAGCAGGUUUUUAUCCUGCAAUGAUGAGAGCCUAAAGCUAUGCAUCUGUCUCCAGUGACAUCAAGGUUUUGCAUAAAAAUUAGCAUUUCUCUAUAGGCAGAAGAUGAAAUAAAUAGAAGGACCAAACGGUGUAUGGUUUAUAAUAUGUAGGAACUGGUCCAGUAGUCACGAGGAGCUCUUUAAACAGAUUACACUUGAGGAUUAACAAAUUUGCAGAGUACAGAAUGCCUGUCUUAUUGUCCUCAGUUAUAUUCAUAAUGCAUGUUACUACUAUUACUUUAAGGAAAACGGAAAUGUAGCAUGAAGUUGAAUCAGAAUAUACAAGUUUAGAACUGAAUUGAAAGUUGACCGGUUAAAAAAUACAGUGGUAUUUUCAUAUAGUAUCCUUUGCCUUAAAGAAAACUUGGAACGUAUUACUUUGAGGAACAGUGAAAAUCCAACUACCCUCUAAAUCUACUUAUCAAUGGCAAUGACAUACACAAUUAAUUUUUUUUUCUGAUCUCAGAAACAGUUCUUUAGAAGAUAUGUCUUGAUUAUUUUUUUUCUUAAAUAAUAAAAAUAAAGAUUAAAUCUUCUGACUCAAAGCUCUGACAAAAAUGUCAAGUGUAAGGAUCUACUCACAGUACAGUUCUGGUGCACAUGUUUGUGUUUUGAAUAUUAAUUAUGCUAUUUGGUUGAUGUUUUGUAAACCUAGACUACAGCGUGGGUGACCACAAGUCUUUUCCCAUUGUUUUAUCAGAUUAUCCCGUCCCCGAAAUCGUGAACUGUCCUUCCGGAGCAAAGGUCAGCGGUGACUACAUCAUGUCCGGAUCAACAGCCACUUGUGAAUGUCGUCAGAAAACAGAGGGUGUUCCUGCAGGCACAGUUGUUCUGUCUCAGGGCGGGUCUACCUUGGGCUCAGGAACUGUCGCCUCAGGGACUGUCAACAACCCUGGGAAAAACAACAAUGACCAGACGUUGACUUGUCGUUCUGAGUCUUCUCUGGGUCAAGCAGGUCCCUUUGACCCCAAGAUCGUCAAGUUUGCCUAUGGGCCAAGUAGCGCUACCUUGACCUUCUCACCGACAAGCCCGUCCAAUUUGUGUCAAGGCCCCAGUCUCAGUGUUGUGUCCCUUUGUACUGUUGACCCGAGUACAGUAAACCCUCAGCCAGACUACCAACUCUCCGUGAACGGGACACAAGUAGACACAUAUGUACAGCAGACUCUACAGUUACAGGGCGGAGCUCACAACAUUAGAUGUCUUGUCGAGAACUUGUUAUUUCCCACUGAUCUCUUCACUGAUGUCACUGAAUCGUUCAUUGCCAUGGUCCCUCCGCCAGACCCUCCAGAGAUCACUGUGAGUCAGCCGUCGGUCCUCAGUACUGGAGAAAUCUUGGUGAAGGAAAAUGUCACAAUCAGAGUACAGUGUGAGGUCCGAGGGGGAUAUCCUGCUACAAGUGACGUACGUCUGAGCUGUCCUAGCUCUCAGGCCGGUAGCUCUGAUGUGAGUUCUGUGGUCGUAACUAGGUCACAAGAGACACAAUGCUUGUGUACGGCCACUCACGACAGUGGGUGCUACAACAAACGGAGUGACGUCACCAUCAAAGCUGCUUACGGCCCUGAAGGUGUCACGUUAGAGAGAAAAAACGUGAGACCAGAGGAGGCUGGAACGUAUAACCUGUGUCCGUCAGUGACACCAGAUAUAACCAUGGAAUGUUCUGUGGGAGUUGUCUACCCAGCAGCAAGCUUUUCCCUCGCAAUGGCGCCAACAGGAAUACAAACUUUUGAUGCAUGUACGGGAAACGACAAUAAAUGAUCCUACAAUUUGGUGCCUUCAAAGGGAAGUAAUCACGAAUUCCGGUGUGACGCGGUGAACAGCGCUUUUGGAGAUAUGUUCCGAAAUAGUCCAUCUGUGCAGGUCUACGUGCGAGAACCUCCCAAGACGGCCCCUACACUGGUCAUCAACGGGAAAACCUUCACUGAUGUCGGAGCGGGUAACACCAUUGUUCUUGAAGCAGGCACAGAACACAGUGUGGAGUGUCACGUCGAUGGGGGAUUCCCGGAAAUCUCUGCCUCAGACAUCUCUCUACAGUGCGGGGGUUGGGACGUGACUGAUGGAAAGUUUGUCCCCUCCUUGUUGUCGGUUCGUCUCAACGAGACCAGCUGUAGUUGUCGAGCAGAACAUCCUAGUGGGUGCUAUGACUUGGCGACAGAAGUCGUCGUCUCUC